AUGUCUAGGAAGAAGAAUAUUCUAAAAGUUAUCAUUCUAGGUGAUUCGGGUGUUGGUAAGACAUCUUUGAUGCACAGAUAUGUCAACGACAAGUAUUCUCAACAAUAUAAGGCUACGAUAGGAGCAGAUUUUCUUACCAAGGAAGUCAUUGUGAAUGACGAUAAGGUUGCGACGAUGCAAGUAUGGGACACUGCUGGUCAGGAGAGAUUCCAAUCGCUUGGUGUUGCAUUUUACAGAGGUGCUGAUUGUUGCGUGUUAGUAUACGAUGUGACCAAUGGUAAGUCGUUCGAUAAUGUGAAGUCGUGGAGAGAUGAGUUUUUGGUUCAUGCGAACGUCUCCUCGCCAGAAACCUUCCCAUUUGUAAUUCUAGCUAAUAAAGUUGACGUAGAAGAAUCGAAAAAAGUGGUUUCUUCUAGAUCUGCGCAGGAGCAAGCUAAAUCCUUGGGAAACGUACCUCUGUUCUUUACUAGUGCCAAGGAUUCCAUUAAUGUCCAGGACGCAUUUGAGGAAAUCGCACGCAGCGCAUUACAACAAAGUCAAUCUGAUGCGGAUGCGUAUGAGGACGACCUAAGCGAAGCUAUCAAUAUUCAGUUGGACGGAGAACCUAGCUCAUGUAACUGUUAA